GUCCAUAGCCGCCGCGCGUCCUGACGGGGUUUCUCCCGGCUGUGUGGGGUUUCGGUUCUACAAAAAAAUUCACCGGAUUGUCGAGCGUACCGUGCUUUCGGACGGGUCUCCUUCGACGUGAGCUGUGAUGCAUCACCCUAGCCGUCGAGGGUACACGGUGACGUGUACACUCUGUCUGCAUCCAUCGCCGCCCCUUCUCCUUUCCCCUCGCCAGCCACUUCUCCCCGCAGCCAAACUAGGCUGCCGUAGCACGAUCUCGGGACCGAAUCGGACCAGACCCGGGCCGCGUCCUCGAGCAGGAGGUCGACGUGAGGGACGAGCCGCCCCGUCGCACUGCCGGCCUGCCGCGGUGGUGCCGCCCCCAUCCCGGAUGCCGACAAUGCCGGGUCCUGGAGUUGCCUGCGAUGGGGGCGAGGAUGGUGGAUCUCGGCGGGGUCAGUGAGGGCGGGGGAUGACGUGCCGCCGGCCAAGAGGAGGCGGGUGGUGGCCGUGCCGUCCUUGAGGACCGCUACGACGGCGGCAGGGUGGAGGCCGUGGCGCAAGGCCGGCCACCAUCCAGCGGAUCUUCCAGUUCCAGACAUGAUGAGGCCAGAAGAUAUCGGCCUAAGCUCAAACAUGGCAUUCUUCAGGAACAUAUAAGAGUAUUCUGAUAUUUAUCAUAGUCACCAGGAAUUCUGUAAGUUGUAUUGUGUAAUGAAUAUGUAAAUACUGAACAGUACUCAAUGUUCAUUACUGUUAUAGGCCUAGCAACACACAAAAAGGCUCCACAAAAGUGGUUUUACUUUCUUCAGCCAUGGCUUGCAAUUGCAAGAUGAUCGUUGCAGCUAUGACUCUCUGAGCAGCUCAGAAACACUAGCUGAGGCCAGCAGAAUGGAAAAGAGCAGGCCAGUGGCUCAUAUAAAGAGCUCUAUUUUGACAUGUCUAGUCACUUCAUGUAGCUCUAUCAUAGUAUCCUAUACGAAGCAAUCGACGAGAUCAUGAAGAGUAAGUAUACAUUUUGUCCUUGAUAUUCAUCACAAGCCUCAUGGCUCCCAGGACCAAUGUUUGGAGAAGCCAUAUAGGAAACAAAAUGCCCCUAGGUCGCUUGAUACUUGCUUGUUGCUUCUGCCUGAUGUCCGUUUGACGCACCUUGUCCUCCAGAUUGCAAAAUUUUCUUCUUCCACCUGAGGUUGAAUUUGUCUGAUGCGCUUCUGCCAAGGAUCUUGUUCCUGAUUGAUCUGGGCGAUCUAAUGUAGUGGUGAGAUUUUUGCGUGUUUCCUGUGUGGAUUAGCAGAGGUUUCUGUGUGCCGCCAAAACCUGUAUUUUCUGCGUUGGCGCCAAAACGGAAGCCCCAGGUUUCAGAAAAUUGACGUGGAAUUGGGGACCGAAUCGGAUUCAGAAAAAAGGAAACCGUCCGUGUUUCUAUUUGGAAAUUUGACGCGUCCUCCGUCGCCUGCAAGUCCAUCGUCUAUAAAUAUCGCCGGCCACCUCUUCUCCCAGAUCCCAAUCGCCCGCCCUCGCUCCCCAUCAACCCCUUCCUAGCUAGCUAGCGAAGCACCAGUUUGGGCAGCCGCCGGGCAGGAUGGAAGGGCUGGACGUGUACCAGCACUACCGCUUGAACCCUACAGAUGUGGACGCCGUGACUUACUACCUGCCACGCCUCAUCGCCGGCCAGACGCUGCACGGCGCCGAUAAAUUCAUCCACCACGUCGACAUCUACAGCUGCGAGCCCAAGGAUCUGGCCGCCCGGAUUGCGCCCGUGCCGCAGGCCGCCAGCAGCGGCGACCGCUUCUUCUUCACCACGCGCAAGAGCAAGAACGGAAGCAAAACCCAGAGCGUGCGCACCGCCGGCGGCGGCACCUGGACCGUCAACGCUACCACGGCCGUCAAACACGCCGGAGUCGAGGUCGGCGAGAGGAAGAACCUGUCGUUCAGGAAGAAGGGCAAGUCCACCGGUUGGGUCAUGGAGGAGUACAAAUGCUUGCUGCCAGAGGCCGUCGUCGCCGACGGGGUGAAGGUGUUCUGCAAGAUCCACUUGGCUCAGCAUCCUCCUGACGCGGCCCGCCAGGAAUCAGCCGCGUACAAGCAUCAAGCAGAACCGCAACCAGAGGCCGUGACUGCGAGCAUGCACGCACAGAAGAGGCCAGCAAUAGCUCCCGCCGCCGAUCCUCAUCCGCCGCGCCCCAACAAGAGGAUGCGAGGAUCAGUCCCUGUCCCCGCACCUGCCCCACCGUCGUUCUUGACGUAUGAUGAGGCAGCGAGUGCAAUGUAUGGCCCGCUGGCUCGUACCAUCUUCCCUGUUCAAGAUGCUCUGGAUAUACCAGCGUCAAUCGAAGGUCCUUCAGCAUCACGCGAGUCCACUACAACAUCCAACCACUCCGGCGUUGCUUCUUCCUCAGAUAAUAUGCAGCGACAAGCUCAAGCUACUGAGAUUUCCUCCCAGUCAGAUGUGCUGGAGUCUGUCAAGAAUUACAGCCAACAACAGAUGAUUGUUCCUGAGGCUGGCUCAAGCAUUGCAAGGAGCACAUAUGAAGAGGAUGUCUUUCAGCCAUUGGAGCCUCUUUCCGAUUUGCCGGGUGGGGAGGCAGAUGGUUUUGACAUUGAAGAACUAAUGAGAAUGAUGGAAGACGACCCAAUUGAGGUUGAGACGGUCACUGGAGCCAACACUGGCGUGGAGAUGGGCCAACAGGAACCUCUGUACCUGGAUACCUUGGACCAAGGCAUGCUGGAGGACAUGCUGCAGUCCGAUUGCCCUUACCCAAUGUCGGGAUCAGAGGAUCGGGCCAUGCACAACCCUGCCUUCCAUGAUGCUGACAAAGAGAAGAGGUACAAUGCCGCGUCGGAUCUUGACGCUCCAUCGCUUCAGGGACAGGACCACUCGUUCAAACAGCCCUUCGAUCCAUUUGAAGCAGCAUGGAAGGCCGAAGAGGCGCACGAGAAGGAGAAGAGGGACAAUCUUCACGCUGGACCGCUUGGAGGACACAACAACUUCUUCUGGCCUGCAAGUGUCUAUUAAGUCCGAUGUUGAAAUUGUUUUCAAAGUGUAUACGAGGAUACUCACUGGCUGAUAUAUUAGUUCGUCCUUAUACGAUCGCCACACGUGUACCUCUGAGCAAUUUGCUCCACUUGUUCAUGUAAGCUAAAACUGUUGUUGUUCUUCUUGCCCCUCUGAUGGAUUUUCUGAACCUUGCGUUUGCUCUA